AGGAUAUUUUUCGGUGUAAUAUAAAAGUUGAAUGUGUUCAUUAAACUUGGAUCCGUCAAGACACAAGGCUUACUAGAUAAGAAUUGCUGCAUUAAUUGCAAUAAAUAAAACUAAAAAGUGUAAAUAAAUUGAUAUCAAAGUUCAACAAUCCCCAAAUAGAUUGGCAACACUAACAUGUAGUGAAAAUAAAAUAAAGAAACGUCAAGUGGCAGAGGUAACAAGUGACGGAAUUUUUUCAUCUUCGCAUCGGAACAAAAUUUUCCUGUGAUUUUAAUUGUGUAUAUGGAUAAAUACAGACGGAAAAUUUAAUAAUAAACUUUUCGCAAUUUGCCGCGGCAGUGAAAAUAUUAGUACGACACGAAAAACUUCGAAUACGACAAAAUAUAAAGAAAAUUUGAUAACAUAACACAUAGUACCAGAGGAAAAAAAAAACAAGAAAGUUGACAGCUAAUAGCAGAGGAAGAGUCACAACACUCGCAUAUACACAUUCACGUCUAUCAAUUUAUUUUGAGAACAUAACAAGUGAUUACCAACAAGAGUGAGUGUGUGGAAGAGCGAGAGAGUGAAACAGAGUGGAAAACUAUAAAAACAAAGAUAGUAAAAGCAGAUUUAUUCGACGGAAAAAUUUCGUUUUGUCAACUGCGUUAAUUAAUUUUGUACGGAGUCAGCAAGCGAGCGACUUUAUUGGAAUACCGUUCUGAGGACAAAAAUAAAAAACAAAGCUGCGACACAAUGGAUGACACCAACAAUUCAUCCUCGGCUGCUUUUCAAGUUGCGGGAAGCAAACAAGUAAUGGAUGUUGCACCCACCAAUAAAUCACCAUCAUAUGUUAAACUCUUGAUUAAAGCUUCCAAUCAGCAAUAUGACGACCAAAUAAUCGAAAGCGACCUUUCUUGGACGGUAAAGAGACUAAAGUCCCAUUUGGCAUUAGUUUAUCCCAGUAAACCGCCUGUGGCAGAUCAGAAGUUAAUCUACUCUGGUCAAUUAUUAAAUGAUAAUUUGCAACUGAAGGAUGUUAUACGCAGCUACAAAGACGUUUAUACUCACAAUCAUAUAAUUCACUUGGUUUAUACACCGAAAAACUUGCCUCCAGUCCCUCCAGCAGCGGCUACCUUGAAAAAAUCCAAACCAACUUCGUCAACUUCCCCAGGAUCUAACAGCAUGGCAUCUGAAGAUGGAAUACGUCAGAGGCAUACGUCAUCUAGUGUUGGUAAUACAUCUACUAAUCAAAAUGGAAUUCAAAAUCAGAGAAAUCCUAUGGGCUACUAUUCUCAAUAUAUGCCGCAGUCUACAACUACUAGUGGCGGAGCUGGACCUCCAUUGACAGUUCCUGAUUAUAGCCAAUACAAUAUGCAAGCGCUGGCAAUGCAGCAAGCCGCCAUGUACACAUGGAUGCAACAAGUCUACACCCAAUAUAUGGAACAGUGUUUAAGAGCGUCUAACAACUUGAAUGGGACUUCAGACGAUGGCAAUAGAACAGCACUGCCGCCUUUUUCUGCAUUUCCACAAAAUCCAUUUUUACCCCAAUUUCCACAAACUGUGAUACAUAGCGUGGCUCCAAAUACCACAAUGACAGCUAAUACUGUUGCAGAACAACAACAGCCGGCUCAGGAGCCAGAGCAGCAACCCGCGCAGGCGCAAGUUGCUGCACCCCGGUUUCCCAAUAUGCCGCAGGAGGAAGCCGAUAAUAGGGAUUGGCUGGACAAUAUAUUUUCAAUUACUCGUUUGGCCUUAUUUUUGACAAUAUUGUAUUUUAAUUCAUCGCCCCUACGUUGUUUAGCUGUGGUCAUUAUAGCAGGUGGCAUAUAUCUAUAUCACAUUGGCGUCUUUCGUUUUCGCCAUGAACGGAAUAAUAACAACUUGAACCGCAAUAAUAAUGCAGUUCAAAAUGCUGCCGUCGAUCAAAUUAGACAAGGAGUUGGUCAGCAGCAACCCCAAGAGGAGCAAGCGAAUGCAGCACCCGAAAAUAAUGUCAAUGAAAACAAUGGCGAUGCUCCGGCCGCAGUGGUUAAUAAUACUGACCAACCAGCAAAUGCUAACAAUUCAAAUGCAGCAGGCGGAAGUGAAGUUGUCGCCAAUGACAACAAUGAAUCGAUGAUUUCCACAUUGCGCACAUUUGUUGUCACAUUUUUCACUUCAUUGUUGCCAGAAACACCAGCUAUCUAAAUGAGAUGGUGCAACAACACCACAUUAUGAAUGCUUUAAUCCUCAGCAAUAUAUUUCCCCACAUAAGAUUAUCCUCUACAUUUCCACAUUAGCCGUUAUUGAUUGAUGCAUUGGAACGAUCCCGAUAACCUACAUAUUUAUUGCACAUAUUUAAUUAAGGCCUUAUGUUUAGAGCCAAACUUUACUUUCCAAUUCGGGAAAUUUAUUCGUUCAUGUGGACGAAAUUAAACUGUUUGUUUUUCCUUUUUCAGUUUAUAUCAAUCCUGCGUUACAAUUAAAUUUUUAUUAAUACUGUGUAUAGAAAUUUAUAAGUGCGAGAAAACUAUUAUAUAUGAAUGUUAUUAUUUAAAUUACUGUUUCCCCUUUUUGUUUAGUGUAUACGUGUUUAUAAUUAUAUAUUUUUCUUAGAUUAGUUUUAAAUAUAAAUAUAUUGAAAGAAAAAAAUCAAAACUACAUGUAAAAAUAUUAAUAAAAAAACUGAAUGUAAAAAUCUCACGUUUUUAAUUUCAAGCAGUUAAUAACUCGCUUUAACUUUUCAAAACAAAUAAAGAUAUUAAAUUAUUACAAAAAUUAGAAUAA